CUAAUUUAACAGUUCUAAAUAAAAGGGAAAACAAUAAAAAUAAAAAUACCCUUACCACUGUUACUCUCCUAUCCUCUUUCUACUCCACACACAGAAAGAACCAUCCAUGGCUAGCUUAAGCUUCAACGCCACGAGGAUCAAAAACCCCAUUACGAAUUUCGUUUCCAUUUCCAAAACCCCUUUUCCCAAAAACCUAGAAAGCUCAUUCCAAAGUAAAAAUCUGAGGAAAAAACACCUCCAUUUUCCACCUUGUCGUUCAGUUUCUGAAAGUUCAGUUUUCUCCACCCCUUUACAGCCUGAAACCGGAGACGAAAGAAGAGGAGGAGAAGAGGAAGACGAUGACCCCACCUCAGAACUGAGCUAUUUGGACCCCGAAGCAAAUCCACAGAAAAUCACAGAGUGGGAGGUGGAUUUUUGUUCGAGGCCGAUUCUUGAUAUUAGGGGUAAAAAGAUUUGGGAGCUUGUCGUCUGUGAUGCUUCACUUUCCCUUCAGUACACAAAGUAUUUCCCUAACAAUGUUAUCAAUAGUGUGACUCUAAAGAAUGCUUUAGCUUCAAUUUGCGAUGAACUCGGUGUGCCUUUGCCUGAGAAAAUUAGGUUUUUCAGGUCACAGAUGCAGACAAUUAUAACAAGAGCUUGCAAUGAUCUUUGUAUAAAGCCUGUCCCAAGUAAACGGUGUCUAUCUUUAGUUCUGUGGCUUGAAGAACGUUAUGAGACAGUGUACACUCGCCACCCUGGGUUUCAAAAAGGAUCAAAGCCACUUCUCACGCUCAAUAAUCCUUUCCCAGUGGAACUUCCUGAUAAUUUAUACGGAGAAAAAUGGGCUUUUGUCCAGUUACCAUUUUCAGCUGUUCAAGAAGAGGCAUCGUCUUUAGAGACGAGAUUUGGCGCAAGUUUGGAUUGGGAUCUUUUGGGGAUUGAAGUUAGUGACAAUACAUUAAUUCCUGGACUUGCAGUUGCAUCUUCACGAGCUAAACCAUUAGCAGCAUGGAUGAAUGGCUUAGAAGUGUGUUCGGUUGAGGCUGAUAUUGGCCGAGCUUGCUUGGUCUUGUCAGUGAAUAUAUCAACACGGUACAUUUACGCUACAUACAAGAAAACGGCAGUGACAACAAGUGAAGCAGAAGCUUGGGAGGCAGCUAAAAAGGGCUGUGGGGGCUUGCACUUUCUUGCUAUUCAGAAUGACUUGGAUUCAGAAGAGUGUGUUGGGUUUUGGCUCUUGCUAAACUUGCCGCCUCCACCUGUAUGAUUUUUUUUUUUAUUUUUUUUUUAUCUCUAUCUU